UACCGGGAAACGGUUUCGGGGAAUCUGUCUUUUCGCAUCCAUUUUUGUAUCGCAAAGACCUUUCACAUCGAGUUCUGGUUUUAUUUCCCAAGAAAAUGUCAGGCACUAACAAUCACAAGACUGUGAAGCUACACCAUGGCGAAGUUGAAGUUUGUCAACAGUAUCAGAAGACAUUCAGCUGCAGCAGCUAUAAUUGUGACAAGUUACACAUAUGUACAGCAUACCUUGCUGGUCAGUGCCAAUUUGGCAGCCAUUGCAAGCGGUAUCAUAGUUGCAGAGUAUCUCUCAACAGGUCAAUCAUUGAGCGCCUGCGCCUCGAUAGUAUAGGCUGCAUUGAAAACUUGCGUGAGAUCUUUAACCAUGUUCUCCCGAAGUUAUGUCUGGACUACCAAAAUAAAGAUGGCUGCAGGCGUGGAGAUAGGUGCCAUUUUCUUCACAUCUGUGGCAAAUAUGCCAGGGGAAAUUGCACCAAUAUGGCAUGCGAGAUGUCUCAUGAGUACAGAACAGGACCAAAUCGGAAACUACUUGACUACCAUGCCAUUGAUGUCAGAGGAGAGGCCUGCCUGCUGAAUGCGAUUUUGGCUGAUGGUCGCUUUUCAAAAGGUGUUGUACGGUGUUCUUGCCUGCAGAGUGAGAGGUAUACGUCACAGGAUAGCCUCACCUCCGAAGGCGAUUAUGAAGGGGGGUAUCAAGCGAAUGACCAGGGGCGUGGUGGGAGAGGUAGAGGGCAAGAUAGGGGAAGAGGAAGAGGCUAUCGAGGGGGUCAAAUGAGAAGCGGAAGCCACACUCGCUUGGAUGAAAUUGGUCGAGGACAGAGAGGAGGAAGAGACAUUAGGGGCGGACCUGGUGAUCAUAAUAGAGGCAGAAGUGGUGGCAGAGGACAUCAUGAUGAUUGGAGGGACCCCAGAGGUAGAGGACAACAUCAGGGAGGGGACAAUAGGAACUGGGAAUCAGGUUCUGAUCAGGGCAGAGGUGGAAGGGGUCAGCCUCAUAGAGGCCAGAGUCACGAUGGUAGAGGACGUAGUGGCUACAGAGGGGGCCAUAACGAUGAUAGGAGAGGGAUGAAUGAUAACGACUUCUACAGGGGAAGUAAUUUAGACUUGAACUGUCUCAGUAGAGAAGACAGUGGUAGGCGUGGUGACCAGGGCAACCGUGGAAGAGGACAGGGUGGUAGAGGAAGAUUGGAUCAGAAUCGGAGACGCGGACAGGGUGGUGGGCAGGAGUACAAUAGAAGCAACUUAGGAAGCGCUACAAACCUUGGUAAUUGUGGCGAUGAGGACUGCCGUGGGAAUAAACAGGGUCGUAGUAGAAAGCGUAGAGGCCGUGGACGCAAGAAUCUGAAUCAAAUCCAAGCCAGUGAAAGGAAAUCCGAAGUCUCCAGUGACAGUAAUAAUGAAGCCUACUCUGGUGAUGAGGAUGUGGACAGCGAGACAGACCUGUACACGAGUAACAUCGAUAUGCAGAACGUUAAACAGGAUAUCCGUAUCAAGGAAGAUGACAUGAAGGACCUCAAGGGUCUAAUUCAAAUGGCCAAAGCGAAUGCUUCCAAUGCUGGUGCAAGUUCUGACAAGAAGUUGAAUAUUGAUGGAGAUGAUUCAGAGGUCAUGGAAGCCAUUAUUGGUUAUCUGUGCCAGCACGGUGGUUGGGUAAAAUUUGCCGAGAUGAGGAGAGAUCCUGAUCUCGAACAUGCUUUGUUGCCUUACAAGAUGGACUUGCAGGAACAUUUGUUUCGUAAGGGGAGUAGCUUCAUUUUGAACCAGCAUGACAAUGGCCAUCUUCUCGACGUUGCACCAAUUGUAAGCGUUCGUAUUUGCUUUAACUACAACUCGGAGACUGGAUGUGAUAAUAGCAAAGAAUGUGGUUACCUCAACGUCUGCAAAGAUUUCAUCGCUGGCACUUGUCCAAAGCAAUGUCGGCAUAACCCUAAGCGGAAUCACCAUCUUCAAGAAGGAGGGACCCGAGCAUUACUGACGAAACACAAAUUGGAUAAACUGAAGGCGAAUGUCUGCUGCCGUGUCAUUGCCUCUACAUUACCACGAAUAUGCUAUGAUUACAACAACAGUGGCUGCAAUCGACCACAGAGUUGCCCAUGGCUUCAUAUUUGUGAGGCCCAUUUCUUGGAAGGGAAUUGCAGCAAAAAAGGGCCAAACUGCAACAAUCAUGAUAUCAAGAAUAUCAGAUGCCAAAAAAUACUGAAGAGAUAUCAUCUGGCACAGGAAACCAAUGCUUUGCUACGACGUAUGGUUCUCCCAGGAUGCCCAAGUGAAGCCCAGGCUGAUGGUCAAGAGAGAGAGCACUCCACUCCUAGGAAAGAUGAUACAAAAAGCGGAGUGCGCCCCAAGUCCAAAAGAGAUGGUGACCAAAGAAGUGGUGGUAACGAUGAUGUCUUACAUGUAAAUAGGGCAGCUGAGGAUCAGCUGAAGCAGGAUGGCAACAAAGGUGGCAAGGGACGUAAGCGAAGCAACCAAAGAAAUGAUGCGCCUCUGACAGUGGAUCCACAACUCUGUGAGCCAUUCUUGCGACGAGCUUGCAAGAAGUCGUGUUCCGAUCGACAUCAUUCAUUGCCAUAUCUCUGGCAGUUCCAGGUGGAUGGCAACUGGGAGGACUUUCCAGAUGAGUUGAAUAUUGGUAUAGAGAUGGAGUUUUGCAGCGUCAACUCUGGCCGGUGGUCUUCCAACAUCACUUUCUCUGACAGUGAAAGGUUUGGUUUACCAUUCUGUGGAAGAACUGACAUCGUCUUCCAAAAGAAACCAAUGGAGCUACAUUCCUGGCAAUACAGUGGUCCAGGCGACCUUACUGAGAAUAGUAUGAAUUGCCCAGUCCGACGACUUUCGACCCUUUCUCACGUACUGGCAGAGUGCUUCAAGACACUGGCAACUGUUUGGAAGUGGUACUACUAUCUGGGUGACACCUGGCACAGUAAUGAGGAGGAUAAUAGCAAUCAAGCAUAUGUUGUUGAGCAGCGUUACAUCAAGAACGAUCCGACCUACACCUUCCGUGAUGAGAGGAUGUGUUUGAACUUUAAUGAGAUGGUUUUGAAGCACAUUGACACUGGUGCAGUAGUUGGUGUCCGUCGACGCCCAGUUUUUAUCUCCAAGGAUGAUGUUGCUGAAAAGUUGAGGGCAGCAACAGCUAAAUUAACCCUCCCACAGCUGCAAGAACAGAAAAGCACCUCGAUUUAUCCCGACUAUUGGAGUGAAAUGGAUGACGAUGCCAGUGUGAAGUUCGUAACACUUGGCCAAGGAAGGGAGUUCGCUGAAAUUGAGCAGUCGUUCAAGAGGUCCAUGGGAACAGUGGCGGCGAUCCAGAGCAUUCGUCGUAUCCAGAAUGCUGAUUUGUGGGAAGGCUUCAUAACCCAAAAGAAAGUCAUUCAAACUGACAAAUCCAAGAAGCUUGAUGAGAAAUACUAUUUCUACAUCUGUGAACCAGACAUGGUGGAUUUCGUUGACAAGUAUGGCAUCAUCACUUCCAGUAUCACAGGUAGCGGCAGUCCAGUGCAGGAUUUAGGCACAGGAUUCUAUUUUGCAAAAGAUGCUCGACUCCUACACGAAGUUGCAAAGUUUCGUCCUGAUGAAUGUGUCAUGUUUCUUUGUAAGAUCUUGAUUGGUUCACGCCAGGUUGGCCCUAUUGGUGAUGCCUAUAGCAAGGUGGUCUAUGAUACUUUCACUACACCUGAUGAAGCUGUUAUUUUAAAGGUAGAAAACCAGCAAUGCUACCCUGAAUAUGUUAUUUGUUAUAAAGUGGUGGAGGCAGAGCGCCCGCCGCCUUACUCCCCAACGGUGGCUUCAAAUGUUCCUCCAGCCUACACAACGUCUGCUCCACUGGCAUACCCUCACCCUGACUACCUUGCUCACAUACCACAAGCUAGGUCACAGCCAACUGCCCCCUCUGCCUCUCAGCAGCCAACAUUAAUUCCGCUACAGAGGUUUGAGGCCUCUGCUGGAAUCGGCCAGAUGUCCAUAUCAUCCGAUAGUUCAGUAUCGGAUAUGUAUCAAUCUGGCCAAUAUCGGCCCUAUCCUGGUCUGACAGCAGAGCAGGUAUAUGAUCCUCAAAUGCAGAGGAGUACUCGACCAAGGCUCUAUCCCAAACUCCCUUCUUCAGGGCAGGAAAAAACGAGUUCGAAGGACCAAUGCAGUAUGCAGUAGAGGUCUACACUAUAUACACUGUAAGUCGUUGAAUGUCACUUCAAUCACCUGCUUUAUCAUUUCAAUGUGAAGGAAAUGAUAGAAAACUAAAAACAAAUUGCUCUUCAUCAGAAUUAUCAGCUGCUGUGGUUGAAUUUGAUACAUCCAUAACAAUUGUUUCCAGGGCAACGAUGAUUCAUGGAAUUAUUGUUCAUUAUUGUUGAGGGAAGGUACUUUGUGUUUCCAUGACAUUUCAUGAGAGGCUGUUACUAAUAUCAUCCUUGUCUAGCAUGCUUAUUCUGAAGCAUCGAUGCAAAAAUUAGAGCAAUGAUAAACGGGAUGUGGCGGGAUGCUGGCAAUUUCACAUUGCACUUCAUAUUCACGAAGAGGGAAUUGUCAUGUUGUUGUUUAGUCUUGGAUAGUGAGGCUACAUUGCAUUGAUGAGGGUGUGAAUGUAGUCAUUCAUGCCUCUUUUACAGCCCUUUACAAGACAACCCAACGUGUGUCUCCUUGCCGUGUGUAACAGACAUGAGAAUGAGAACGUUGCUACCAGCAUCCAGGAAAAUAUGCCAUUUCAAUUCUAUCACAAAUUUGUAGGAAAGUCAGAAUGAGCUUUCUUCACCUCAGGACAAGUUUCGAAAUUACUUGUCUUACAUGACUACUAUUUGUACUCUGUGUGAGCAUUGACAGUAAUCCUGCACCUGAACCAUUCAUAAGGCUUUCUUAAGAAAUUUAUGUUUGGGGGUAACCCUAUCUUAGGUUAUUAAGGACGGUCAGUUCAGUUCUGUCAGUUUGUAUCAAAAGCUGAAUAUAUAGAUAAAUGUUCAAUGGUGUCUUUGAAUAAAAGUGACUAGGUUAGGAGAUGUUUCACUGGGGUUGAUAGGGUUUCAACAAACAUAAAUAUUAGGAAUGGUGUAUGAGUUGGUGAGGAUAUUGCAUGCACCGUUGCAACAUGAGUACAUAUGUUAUGAUGCCUAUAAAGUCCUAGAUGUUUUGACCUCAUUCCUGGUAUACAGACCAAGGAAAACAGGAUUGAAAUGAUUUGGGAUGUGAUGGUUGUUGGUCAAGAAAAUUGGCCAACCAUUGAACAUUAGGAGCAUUAUUUGAGACAAUCGGUUGAGUAAGACAACUCGAAUAUUCUACCUGCUUUGUUGGUUUCUUGGAUAUGGUUUAAUAUGUUUUCCAAGAUGUAUACACCAUUGCAGGAUCAUGUAUACAUGAAUAUGGUUAAGGAAUUGGUUCAUGUUGUUCCAGAUAAUGUAUAUAAUGUACCGAACAUUAAAUGUCAUACCUGGAGGUUAGUUCUUCAAAUAAUUAUGUUGAGUGGUUUUUGCUUUUAAAGUAUAUCAAUGUGUCUCACUGUUAACCCGGUUAUUUGCAUGCCUAGUUGUUUGAAUCAAAAUCAAUAUCAAACACAAAUUACAAUGGACUGUCAAUAUUUGGCUUGUCCGCAUUUUAGUUCAUAUGACGCGAGUGAUGGUGCAUGGCCUAAUGAAAUCAUUGGGUCGUGACAGAGAAAACAGUUGGAUUUUAUCUGACUGUAGCUGCAUGAUGUCCUGAGUGUAAAGUUGCAAAGCCCUCUCAAGGAGGAAUAUUGCACAUUCCAGGUGUCAAAUUGAGAAUGAUUGAUGAAGAAGGAUUCCUUAUAUUCUGGCAUUAAAACUAAUGAUUUGCCUUCGUCUUCAGGGGUACUUGUUUGUUACUCAAAUCAAGAACAUAUGCGGCUUUGUAAAAAUAAAAGGGUUAACAGUACCUUUGACACCUGCUGUCCAGUUGGCAGUACAUGCAAUAUGAAUAUUUAUCUUUGAGAUGUGUUGGAAUUAUAAAUGUUGCUAGCUUAAACCCGUGCUCUGCACGGUGGUUGAGGGAGCUUAUAUAAAAUAAAGUGUCAGUUUCAUUUGUGGUGAAGUUGUUAGGAGCGUUUUUUGCGUACCAGUAUCUUGCCGGGAAUGUGAUGGUGUGCGGAAAAUGUCAUAGAUUGAUCUACAGUAUUUCUUUGAAGACAACGUUCCGUGUUGUGGUUUUGUCCUAUCGUAGUCCUUGGUUGCUGUUGUUGUCGACUUUCACAUGUAUGUUGUUGAAUGUCCCAGCACCGGAGAAGGCGACAUAGAGUUGGCCAUGUGAGAAGACCGGGGCGGGCAGGUAUAUGCCUAGUCUAUUGAAUGUUUUUCAUUGGGCCUUGCUGAUUGUAAUUGAGUAGGCAACGCGGGUGAACGGCAAGUUGGCGUCGGACGGCGCAAGUCUAAUCCUGGGUAUGAGUGCCCUGACUGCUGAAAACAGCUCUGAGGCUGCCUGGCAGGUCAAGUAACUUACAUAUUUUCCUCAUAGAUAGCAGCACUUGCUGAUGAUGGAGGUGGCCCAUUCACAGGGCAAAAAUCACGAAAAACAGCAUAUUCUGAUGAAAAUUUGGUUUCGAAAUAUAGCGGAUCGUCUUCGGGACGUCCAAAUACCCCUAAAUAACCCUCAACAUGGCCAAUUCAUUCAGUGGUUUCAGAGGAGAUAGAGCAAAUUACUCUCCAGACGUCUCCAGUAAUAAUAUAUAGAUUGUGAUGUUGUUUAUUUGUCAGUAUAAAAAAAUACCAUAGCUAAUAAUUCUAUUGCAAUGUAAAAGCUUACCUUGUUUUUUAAUGUUUAGCAAAUUCCAGCAACUUUGCGUACAAAAUAACUGCACUAUUUACGUCAACGUUUAUUUACCUCUGCCUAAUUCCUUCAACUGUCUUUAGGUUGGGCUGGCCUAAGUUGUUUGAAAAUUCACCUUGUUGAGAGAUGUUUUGGCCUUGUCUGAUAAUCGAUAUUACCCCAUUCAAAUUUGCCUUGUACUUGCUUUAGAAAAUGUUGACAAUUAUUCACUUGAUCUGAGAUGAAUGUAUUGAAAUUAGUUAAUAAAUGUUUAGU